GUUGGGGUUUGGAAGCAAGUCUUGGUUUUCGGCAUUGGCCAACAGCGUUUGUUUUACUCCUUUCACCAUCGUUGGGGGAAGCUCUGAAUAAGCGUUGCAAGUGUCUCCAUUAGUCUCGACCUUUCAUUUCCGGCGUGAGUAGGUCCGCGCUAUGUUCUAUCCCUUUGCCGGCUACUAGACAUAUAGAUAAUGCGCUUCAAACCUUAAACAUCGCAGCAUUUCACUGGCCCAGUUACCGUUCGUUUGCCUGUACGCAGUAACAAGACCAACCCCCAACCACUUCUCUCGUGCUUGGGUUCCCUCGCGCCCGGCGUCAUGGCGUUCAAUUCCUACGUCCUCUCCGACGCCGAGUCGCAGCGGAUCUUUGACGAGGAGAUCGUGCCAAACGAACUCGGGCCAGCCAUCCAGCACCACCACCACCGCCACCAGGACGGGAGCGACGGCGGUCGACAGCCCCUGGCGGUCCUGAUCGUCGGCCAGACGGGCGCGGGCAAGACGCGCGUGGCGCCCAUACUCAAGAACGCCAUGGCGGCGGCGCGGGCGGGCCCGCCCCCGGCCCACUUCAUCGCCGACACGUACAAGGCGUACCACCCGGCCUACGCGUCCAUCGCGGCGUCGGACCGACCCGAGCGCGCGUCGCCCGCCACGGGCACCGACGCGCGCCGCUGGCUGACCAUGGCGUGCGCGCGGGCCGUCGAGGUGCGCGCCGACGCGCUCGUCGAGUCGGCCUGCAGGCACCCGGACGACUUCCGCGGGCUGGCGGAGGCGUUCCACGCCGGCGGGUACCGCGUGCGGGUCGCGGUGCUGGCGGUGCCCGGGGCGCUGAGCAGGUUGGGCAUCUUGGCGAGGUUCCACCAGGAUCUGCCCGAGGCGAGGUCGGGGAGGCUGCCGCUCAGGUUGACGCCUAGGGGCGUCCAUGACGAGAGCUAUGCCGGGUUGAGGGGCGCGGUGGAGUUUGUGGAUGGGUCGGAGGCGGCGGAGGCGGUUGCUGUUGUGAGGAGGGGGAACCUGGUCGCUUAUCGGGCGGAUCGGCGGCGCGGGGAGCGGGAGCCGGAGGGUGGUUGGGGAGGGGCGGCGGCGGCGCUGGAGGCGGAGAGGAGGCGUCCCUUGCCGGAGGGGGAGCUGGCGGCGGCGGUGAAGGACUUGGAGGCGCUCGAGAAGCUGGGGGUCCCGAGUGUCGCGGCGCAGAUCGAGGAGAUACAGGGGCUGAUCGAGCCGCUGAUGAGGGAUGUUGCUGAUCCCGAAGGAGCAGGGGCUGGGGCGUUUCCUGAGCUGGUUCCCUUCGAUGCAGCCGAGUUUGUGGGAGGUGGCCUUGUGUAGGUUGCGGCUGCUUGUUUGGGCAUAUACAUUUUGAAUAUCGAGGAAAGUAGUCGUUCAUCUUGUAUACUUGAAGGUUUACCUGUACCUUGAUAACCAUUACCUUUUUUCUGGGACAUAUUCUUAUUACGUCUAUACCGAGGAUAUGAUAGGCCCUCUUUGAAUCUAGG